CUAAAACCCUAUGGUCCACUUUGACUCAUCUCCAGCCCCUGACAUCCUUUCCCUUCCCAUGAUCAUCUGCAUCAUCCUCGGAGCCCUUCUCUUCAUGGUCCUCAUCAUCCUGGGGAUUCAACUACACAGAUGGAGAGCAAUGCACCAAGAGUUAUCUGAUUUUGAAGAUGCUGUUGAUGAAGCUGUGUACCAGGAGAUUGAUGACAUCAUAAAACCAGGGAAGAAGGACCUGUUAGACAGCCAAGGUAACCUGUCUGAUGACUCAGCAACUAAGCUGCCAUAUUACACAGGGGACGAUGGAGAGGAUGGAGACUCUGACUCUGCCCCAGAUCCUCUAAGACAGCAUAUCAAUACCACAGGAAAUGGUUAUGAUGAUGUUGAUGAGUUACCUGUUCCUGUAAAUCCUUUCUUCCCUGGGAUGAAUGAGAAUAACAUUUCCCCAGAGGACAGACGUGGUGCCAGUUAUUCCCAGACAAAGCCUCCGGGACAGGACAUCAACACUAUAGGAAAUGGUUAUGAUGAUGUUGAUGAGUUACCUGUUCCUGUAAACCCUUUCUUCCCUGGGAUGAAUGAGAAUAACUUUUUCACAGAUGAUAGAGGUGGUGCCAGGUAUUCCCAGACUGGCAUCUCUCUGAAGUCUCUGAGAGAAACUGUCGACUCUUGGGUGGAAGAGAAGGAGUCCUCAUUGGUCUUGAGACAAGAAGAGCAUGGAUAUGAUGAUGUUGAGCUUAGCACCAUGUAG